CAACACGUACCAAGCUAGAUUUUAAAUUAUCAUUUCAAUAAGACUGUUUUUUGGAGGGUUUUUUUAUCUCAGCGAAUUAUAUCGACCUUAAAAACGCACAUGCAUUCAUGCACGUAGUGGUCAGUUAUCGAUCAGUGUAAGGGUCAAGAAAUAUAAUGUUGAGUGGUUCGACACCACGCAACAACAGAGUGAGAUUUCAUCAUUUUAAUACGACAAGUACAGUUGGCAAAGUUACAAUAUAUAUUUUUUUUAAAUUUGAAUAUUGCGAGAUACUUUUUUUAUCAAUUGUAGGUUUGCAAGUUGUGCGGGAACUUGAACUUUUUCAAGAAUGACGAUGAAUGUACGACCAGUCAUGGAGACAGCCGAGUUGAGAUGCUACACAAACGCAGCUGGUCGUUACCCUGGUAGUGGCCUGGGGGCGCGGGGGUCGGCCCGAGACGCUGGGGGUAUGGAGGGCCGCGGCAUCAUCCUGCUAGUCGUGUGCGGACUGUACGCCGUGUUCCUGUUCCUUGCGGCACGUGCGGUCUCUUACGCGUUCUCAAAGAUAACAGCCCCCGUGAGAGCUGUAUGCUUUAAAAGGCAAAUCACCGAGGCAAAGGUUGUUGCAUACGACGACAACAACAACUUCGUGGCACGAAAGCACGUGCGCCAGCAGCCGAGAACGAUAUCACAUGGCUGAGAUCACAUUUUCACGCAUGGAGUUUCUUGUGUACAAAAUACAGCCAUCGUUCAUGUUUUGUAAAUUUUGAACUUUAAUGGCUCUUGGGCAUAGCGUUCUGCGUGUUUUAUUCUAACGGCAGCUUAGCUUGUGGAUAGUCUACCGGCUUCAACAUUUGGUUACGCAAUUGUGUUAAAUGUUUUCACCGACAAGGCCACACGAACACAUCGUUUAUCUCUAGCCACGUCGAAUGAACUCAAUCCUCAUGAUGGGUCAUGGUAAUGUGUAUAUGCCCUAGAUAUUGCGACCUCUCCCGAUAUGGUCAGUGAAGGGCGAUUAUUGCCCUGCCUACUAUUCGACCAACUCGCGUCCAACAACUGUUUCAACACAUUUCAAGGCUCCCGUGUUAUCAUUGCAAGCCUUGAAUUUCAGGACAACCAUCAAAUGUUUACUCACUAGUGCAAAUCUCAGGGACAUGGUAUUUCAGUUUUAUAUUCAACCAUCACAAAGUUCAGGGUUAAAGCAAUACUGUUAAGUAAUGUUUAAAUAAACGAGUUUUCGUGUUUAUAUCACGUAACUUUUAUACGUGCGUGCAUCCGCACACCAAAUCUGAAAUUGUGAAUAUGACGGUCGAAUAAAUAUAUAUAUAAAUACUCUCUGCAUUAGAUACUGUAAAGUAUUUGUUUCAAUAACGGGCCAGUUGUGAAGUGUUUGUUUCAAUUAAGGGUCAGUUGUGAAGUGUUUGUUUUAAUUAAGGGCCGGUUGUGAAAUGUUUGUUUCAAUUAAGGCACGUCUGCGAAACAAUGAGACGCCUUCUUUGAUUAGCAGCCUUACUCCCGACCUUACUGUUACCGUGAUUGUCUGUGUUGUCUGUACAAAGUACAAUAUAGCCUGUUGUUACUGUUAUUAUUUUAUAGUUUAAAUAGACGAUGCAAUUGUCUGAAAUAAAUAUAAAAACUUA